AUGGGCACCUGCGGCACUGGUACAAGGAAUGAGAACUACAACUUACCUCUCCAUGUCGGAGCCCUGUUCAUCAUUCUUGGGGUAUCGGCCGGAGCAUGUGCAUUGCCUCUCAUCGCCUUGAAAGUUCCUCAGCUGCACAUCCCGCCAAAAGCGCUGUUUCUGUUCCGGCACUUCGGAACUGGCGUCUUGAUUGCGACGGCCUUUGUCCAUCUCUUCCCGACUGCAUUUGUAUCAUUGACGGCUGCAUGCCUGCCGCCGUUUUUCAAUGAACAGUAUCCGGCCUUCGCAGGAGCCAUCUCACUUGCGGCCGUCUUCAUUAUCACCAUCGCCGAGAUGGUCUUCUCUCCAGGACGUUCGCUCUGCUCAGGACCUGAGACACCGGAUUUGCAAGGUGUUGACUCCAAGGAUCUUCCGAUGGAGAGACCAAGGCAGGCAUCCAGGGCUGACUCUAUCGCGGAAGAAGAGAUAACCCCAGCGCGGGCCACCCCUCAAUUCGGUCGAACUCGCUCUGGAAGAUCUCACAGCGUCAUGAAGACAGCGCCUGGAAACUUGACGGGAACAUCACCAGAUGGGCAUCUCGAGGGGGACGGCUUCCCCCAUCACACCGCUAGCAUUGCUGAAUGCCGCAUCAGCGAAGAAAGCUUGGGUAUUGCGGCAGAGAAAGAAGCGGAGCAGCAGCGUAAGAAGCUCACUAUGCAGUGCAUGCUGCUCGAGUGUGGUAUUCUCUUCCACAGCGUGUUCAUCGGAAUGGCGUUGGCUGUAGCUGUGGGAAGUGAGCAAGUCAUCCUAUUGAUAGCGAUUGCUUUCCACCAGACAUUCGAAGGACUUGCUCUCGGCUCACGGAUAGCGGCGGUGGGAUGGGAACCGAGGGCGCUGCAGCCUUGGUUGAUGGCUCUGGCAUAUGGCUGUACCACUCCGCUUGGCCAGGCCAUAGGUAUUGCGACCCGCAAUCUCUACAGUCCGGACUCCGAGACAGGCUUGAUUGUGGUGGGAACGAUGAAUGCUAUUUCCGCUGGACUGCUCACCUAUACGAGCCUGGUGGAUCUGCUGUCAGAGGAUUUCUUAAGCGAUCAUAGCUGGAAGACCAUGAGAGGGAACAAGAGGAUUAUAGCGAUGUCUUUGGUCCUUUUUGGCGCUUUCUGCAUGAGUUUGAUCGGAGCGUGGGCAUAA